AUGGCCCAGCAGCUGCCUCCCGUUGAAGAUGGUCCCAUCCCAUUCUUCGGCGCCGCUCCAGGUCCCCCUCCUACCAGCAACAGGAGCGGACCUCCUCCACGUCCUAUGCAGCAGCAGCAGCAGCAGCAGCAUAGGCCUCCCUUCCAGCCCACUCAGCACCACCCACCCGCGGGCCCUUUCCAUAACCAGCAGCAGCAGCCUGUUCAGCCUCAACCUCAGCGUCACCCUCAGCAGCAUCCCCAGCAGAUGCCUCCCCAGCAUCAGCAACAGCAGGCUUUGCAGCGGCCGCAGCCCCCUCGCCAGGCGAGCUCGUCGCCUUUUGGAGUCGCUGCCGAUCUUUUUGCUAGUCCUCCUAGCUCGAACCCUACGCUGAACCAGACCCAGAACCAGGGACCUCCUCAGGGAUUCCAGCCACAGGGCGGUAACCUCGGUGCACACGUCCCAGUACAGCACCAGAUCCAACCCCAACCUCAGGCUCAGAACGCCCCACCAAGGUUCCCUCAACAGCACUCGCCUGUCCAACAAAAGGCUCAGAGACAGCCCUCAGUUGCUCAACCAGGUCCACCAGUUCGGCCCCAGCAACAGGCUCCUCCACCUCAGAGACCUCCAGUUCAACAACAACAGCAACAGCAGCCUCCAGUUAACAACCAGGUUCAACGGAAUCCCCAGCAGCAGCAGCACCAGCAACACCAGCAGCAACAGCAGGUCUCUCAAACACACCAGAAGCAACAGGGGCACUCACCAGUUCAGGAGAGGGCUCAGGUCCCUGCACCAGUGCCUGCACCAGUGCCUGCACCAGUGCCUGCUCCUGCUCCUGCUCCUAUCCCCAGGGAGCAGACAAGUUCACCCUUUGCAUCUGCCUCUGAUCUGUUUGGAAACACCACAGGUCAAAACGUUUCAGGAUGGUCCAUCCCCGCUGUAGAGGCUCCCGUCGCACAACCCGCAGCCCCUCAGUUCCCUGCUGCGUCUGCUCCCCCAGUGAACAACGCACCCCCUCAGAGACAGCAACAACAGCAACAACCUCAGAAACAGCCACCGCCACAGCAACAGCAGCAGCAGCAUCAACCUGCUGCUAACAUUUUCUCGGCGGCACCUGCUAUUGACGCUGGAUUGCCACCUUUGCCACUCGCACCUGUCCAGAAGCAAACCCCUCCUGUUCAGGUGCCUCCUGCCCAGCAGGCGACUCUUGCACCACCCCCUCAACGCCAGCCAUCGUUGCAAUCAGCACAGUUGCCUCCUCCUCCAGCAGCAAAGCCUCAGCAGACCCCACAGCAACAGCAGCCCCCACAGCAGCAGCAGCAAUCAAGACAAGGAUCCAUUUCCGCUCAGGGUCCUCCUCAAGGACCCCCUCAAGGACCUCCCCGCCAGAGCCCAAGUGUCCCUGGUCCUCAUGGACCUCCCCAAGUACAGGCUUCCCAGCUUCCUCCUUUGCCGAGAGCUUCGAUUUCAACUCCCCGUCAGGCCCCUUUGACAGGACCUCCCUCUGCAACCUCAGUCAGCCACGCAGCCUCGCCUUAUGGCGGAUAUAUCCCUCCUCAGACGCCUCUUCUGACUGCGAUCCAGACCCCUUUGAUGUUGCCAGCACAAACGUCUCAGGCCUACCAGUCGUCUCGCACGCCUUACAUGGGUCCUCUUCGCAACCAGUUUGCGUCGACCUCGCAGCUCAUGCUUGAGCCUUGCCCCUAUGCAGAGUGCGGGGGAGAGAAUAAGCCACAGGCAAAGUUCUGCUCUGAGUGUGGUCGCUCGAUCUCGACUGCAAGCCGAUCAGCCACCCCCUCGUUGGGUCAUUAUGCAGAGUUCCAGGCCACAACUGCCCCUCCUAUGCCAAGCUUGGAUCGCAUGAACUCUUACUCACAGGAGCAAAACCAGCCCGAGCAAGCCCAACAACCCCAAGAGCAGCAGCAGCAACCUGAGGUGGCCUACACCAGCUACGCCCAGGACGAUCAAAGCUAUCAGCAGCAGGAUUACCCUCAGGACCAGCAGCAGUACGCCUAUGCUGAGGGCCAGCAGGGUUAUGAGCAAGAAUAUGACCAGACAUACGACCCCACCUACAACCAGGGAUAUGGCGAUGCUGCUUAUUACGAUCAGAACCAGCAGUAUGACCCGAGCCAUCAAUACGAUCAGAGCCAGCAGUACUACGAUCCCGUUACUGGUCAAUACAUCGACUAUGCCCAGCAGGAGGUUGCCCCCGAACCUGAGCCCGAGCCUGAACCUGAGGUUGAGAUCAUUGACGAUCCCUUGGACCGCGCCUAUGGCUGCCCAUUGAUAGCCUUUGGAUUUGGAGGCAAGAUCAUGACUUCUUUCCCUCGCUCUGUCCAGCGCUUCGACUCAGGAUCUAACAACAUGGUGACCAAGAGAUACCCUGGCGAUUUGCAGUUGGAGCACAUCAAGGACAUCAUGACUGUUGACAAGUCGAUUGCCACCUACCCUGGACCUCUUCUCAUGGACAGCGCUACCCAGAUGAAGAACAAGCGCAAGGACGUUUUGACUUUGAUCGAGAGCAAGAUUAAGGAGUCCGAAUAUGAUACCCAGGACAGCACCCAUGACGCCCACCGCGUCUUGAUCUGGAAGUUGUUUAAGGUCAUGUUUGAGCAGGACGGCGCUCUCGUCGGAGGUGCCAAGGUCGACGAGGCUGUCCGCAGCGUUUUGCUCUCGAUCCCAUUGAGCGUCUACCCUGCCCAGCCUAACCAAGAGGCUGUCAGCCCUCUCCGUUCGUCCACCUCCCUUGAUGUUCUUCAGGAUAUUCUCCGCAGUGGCGAUCGCACUGGUGCUGUUCGCUAUGCCAUGAGCGUCAACCUCUGGGCCCAUGCCCUCGUUAUCAGCAGCUGUGUCAACAAGGAGCUUUGGAAGGAGGCCGUCAACGGAUUCGUGAGCCAGGAACUGGCUACUGGAGGUGGGGACUUACAGGCCAACGGCCGUGAGGCUUUGCGUGUCCUCUAUGCCUUGUUCUCUGGCCAAACCCAGAGCGCCAUCACGGAGUUGAUCCCCUUGACCUUGCGUGCACCCAUUGAUGGACACCAGGAUGAGACCCAGGUCGCUGACGACCAGUUUGUCACCGGAGCCUCGCUGUCCUUGAUGAAGCCCAUUGAGGAGCCUAAGAUCCCCAGCGCCAGUCUCGGACAGUGGCGCGACACCUUGGUGAUGAUCUUGUCCAACCGCACUUCGGGAGACCAGACCGCCAUCAGCUCGCUCGGAGACCUCUUGUUGAAGGAAGGAUGGGUUGAGGCUGCUCACAUCUGCUACUUGCUUUCGCCCCAGAACUCAGUCCACUCUGGACCCGAUGCUCAGGGCAACCGCUUGGUUUUGAUCGGUGCCGACGCUAACCCUCACACGUCGUUCCCCUUCUACAAGAACAUCGAGGCGUUCCAGAAGACCGAGAUUUACGAGUUUGCUUGCGCCCUCAGGAGUGCAGGUGCCACCGGAGGAUUGCCUUUCCUCCAGGCUUACAAGCUUGUUUAUGUCUGGACCCUUGUUGAGUGGGGCAUGUUCUCUGAAGCUGGAAGGUACUUGGAGUCGAUGGAGGCUAUUGUCAAAUCUCAGACAAAGGGAUCUCCUUACUACAACAUUGUCUUCCUCGAGCGUCUGAAGGACAUUACUGAGCGUCUGUCAGGAAGCUCUCAGUUGGUUUCCACUAGUGAGUCUUGGUUUGCCAAGAAGGUCACUAAGCCCACCAUUGGAGGCAUCUUUGAUGCUCUGGACAAUAAGAUUUCCAAAUUCAUCGCCGGUGACAACGACCAGCUCAAGCCUGUCGUCGACGAGCCCAAGGCGAACGCCUCUGAGUCUGGACCCUUUGCCCAUGCCCCCGCCUUGCCCGACUUGAGCAACAUUCCUCCUCGCGCCGUCUCCAGAUCGAGCAAUGGAACCCGCGCCACCAGACGCACCUCCGUCCCUGGUCGCGCCUCCUUGGAGGUUCCUACCUUCAACCAGACCCAGGCCGUUGCCGCGCAGACUGAGAUCGCUUCCCAGGCUGUACCUGCCGUCGAUGUGGACGCCACUCAGGAUCAAACCUACCCCGGCUACGAUCAAACCGCUCAGUAUAACGCAGAGGGCGAUGCUCAGGCUGCAGGAUACUACGCUGGAUAUGAAUACGACGGCCAGACCUACGCCUACGAUUCGACCCAAGCCUACCCCGAGACCUACCAGGGCGAGGAUACCUCUGCCUACCAGGGCUACGAGCAGCAGCAGGGAGAGUUCCAGGCACAGGCCGAUGCCGUUCAGGAACAGCAACCCUACGGCGAGGAGAACUACCAGACCCAGGCCGGUUACGAGGGCCAGUACGAUGAGACCCAGUACAAUGGCCAGUAUGAUGCUCAGUAUGAGACUGCUGAGGGCACUCUUGGCGCCACUGUCGCCGGCUUGGCCAUUCAGCCCGACAACGCUCCCGUCGAUUCAGCUGCCUACUCGACCCAGGCUGUUCAUGGAUCUGAGGAGCACGAUGCCACUGCCGCUGCUAUAGCCACUGCUACUGCUAUUGUUGAGGAGACACCUGCCGCUGCUGCCACUGAGGAGUAUGAUGCCAACAACUAUGGUCAAUAUGCCGAGGGUGCAGCGUAUGCUUACACCGAGGAUGUCACGUAUAACGGCGACUACCAGGAGGGUCAGGCGUACCAACAGGGCCAGGAGUACCAGCAAGGCCAGGAGUACGAGCAGGGCCAGGAGUACCAGCAAGGCCAGGAGUACGAGCAGGGCCAGGAGUACCAGGAAGGCCAGGCGUACCAGCAAGGCCAGGAGUACCAGCAAGGUCAGGAGUACGAGCAGGGCCAGGAGUACCAACAGGGUCAGGAGCACCAACAGGGCCAGGAGUACCAACAGGGCCAGGAGUACCAGGAGGGUCAGGAGUACCAGGCUGGCGAUUAUCAGACCGGCGAGUACACGACCGGCGGAGAAUACCAGCAGGAGUACCAGGAAGGCCAAGGUUAUAAUGCCUAUGGCGAGCAGCAGUACGACCAGACUGCCGAACAGACCGCCGAACAGACUGCCGAACAGACUGCCGAACAGACCCUCUAUGGCAACUACGAAGGUGCCGAGUACAACGAUGCCAGCUACCAGGAGCAGACCGAGGGUCACCAACCUGUCGAGACCCACGCCCAUGUCGAUGCAGCUGUCCCCGAGAAGCAGCAGGAGGUCCUUGCUGACGAACCCACUGCUGAGCAGCAGGAGCAGCCCAUUCUUGAGGCCGCUGCUGUUGUUGAGGCUGUUGUUGAGCCCGUCGCUGAUACUCCCGUCGCUGUUCAGGGAGACUACCAAGAAGUCGAGCACCAGCAGGGUGAAUACCAGGAGGGCCAGUAUCAAGAGGGCCAGUACCAGGAAGGCCAGUAUGACUACAGCCAGACCGAGUACCAUCAGGAGGGCCAGUAUGACUACACCCAGCAGGGCGAAUACCAGGAAGGCCAAUAUGACUACACCCAGCAGGGCGAGUACCAGGAAGGCCAGUACGACUACACCCAAGCCGAGUACCAGCAGCAAGGCGAUUACCAGCAGGCUGAGUACCCUACCGAGGACCAGCAGCAGCAGCAGCCCUCCAACGAGCCCGGUGUUCUCCCAGUCACCAGCGAGUACCAGGAGCACGGCGAGUAUGAUGCCGCAGGUGUCUACGAGGGUCACCCCAACGGAGCCGAGUACUCUGCUGACGGAACCCAGCAGCAGGAUUACUCUUCCGGCAACAACACCUGGUGGGGCAAUGGAGACGGCAGCUAUGUCGACCCCAAUGCCGGUGAGCAGCAGCCCGCUGCCGACGCCCCCGCUGUCGCUGCCGAAGCCGCUCAGGAGCCAUUGGAGGAAAACUAUGAAGAGGGCCAGUUUAUCUCUUUCGGAGCUGUCCCUACCAUUCCUUCGUUUGGUCAGCCUGCCGCCCCUGUGAACAACAACAACAACCAGUCGUCGUUUGCCGAUGAUGAUGAUCUUGGUAUGGGCAACAACUCUUUGAAGAAGGAGAAGCCUGCCGCGCCCGAGGGAGAGAACUCCGCAGCUGCCGCCGCGACUCAAGAUGACAAUGCAGCCAAUGCCGGUGCUGAAGGCGAUGAUUCCAAGGGAUGGUGGCCCAAGAUCAACCUUUUCGGUGGAGAGAAGCGCGAGGGCACCCCUAAGCCAGUGAAGGCAAACUUGGGUGAGGAAUCCUCGUUCUACUUUGACAAGGAACAACAGCGAUGGGUGAACAAGAAGGGCGGUUCAGAGACCUCUAGCGUGGCCGAGGCAUUGCCUCCACCACCCAUGUCCCGCACUGUAACCCCAGCUAGCAUCUCGUCCCCAGCAGCUGGAGGACCUCCUUCUUUGAACCGUGGACCCCCCUCGACUGGCGGUAGCUCGCCUGCGAUGGGUGGACCUCCUGGUCUCAAGCCCGCUGGUGCUGGAUCUGCUGCUCGUCGUGGAGCACGGUCAAGAUAUGUUGAUGUCUUGAACACCAACUAA